AUGCCUGCUAUGAACCUUCAAGCUUUGCUCUUAGCAUCAGUAUACUCUUUGGGGGUAACAAGAGGAGCACCGACAUCGAGUGCAAGCUUUGAUAUCAACGCGGAUUGGGUGUCUUGGAAUGAUGAUACAUGGACCUUAAAAUCAACCAAGCCACUGCCAGGGGUGUUUACUGCAUGGCUGCCACAGUCGAACGGUUAUUUUGGCCUUGCCCAAGGUUCAUUGGGGCCGUUCUAUGAGCGCAGCCGUCGAAAUGAUUCAGAAGGAUGGCCGUCUUAUAGCAAUCCUCGAACGACGUUUGCUACUGUUACGGGGUUUUGGGGCAGCGAGCCUAGCACGCUUGAACCCGGGGAGCUGGGCGAGAGUUUCAUUUCCGGAGUGCCGCAUUUUACCGAUUUGCUUGUUGAAGCAUGUGGCAGUAUCCUCAAUGGAGAUGUAGACGUAUCCGAAAUCAACGAGUUCGAGUCAACGCUGUCUUUGCGGAAGAAUGAUGGCACUGACUUUUUAUGCUCUACUACCAGCAAGACCGGCAUACUCACAUGGUCGUAUGUCUGGAGCCCUGCAACGUGCGUAGGGGACCGAAAGUUCCUGGUAUCAUACGAGUCUUUGGCCUCGAUGGUCGAACGACGUCUGGCAGCCGUGAAAUUGGUCGUCUCCAGCGAGCAGGGACUCGACAAUGUGCACGUCCUCGAUCUACUAGACAACCAGUCCGCUUUGCGCACAAGAACCGUCAAGACAGGCGUAAAUGAGGCCAGCAGUCAAGUCUAUUCAGCUGUUUCGCCAGAUGGAGUUGACCACGUCAUGGCGUAUGUGCUGUCAUCAACACUUGGGGACGGGUUAUUGGGCCUUGAAGGCAAGGAUGAAUACUCGAGCGACUUCUUUUCCGCACUCGAUUUCGUUAUAACCUCAGAUUCAGCCAACUCAUCCACCACCGACCCCAAGUCUGUCUUCCCGACGCAGCGGUAUCGGGUGCAAUCUGGUUUGCAGUCCGCGACGGUCUACAAAUACGCAGCUAUUGCCUCAACAGAACAUUACGGAUCGAAUACGGAAGCAGUGGUCUCGAGCGUUGUGUCAUCUGCCACAAUUCGCGGGUAUCAUGCUUUGCGUGAGGAACACAGCGCCGAAGUGGGCAAGUUCAUGAGCGCAGACUUUGUCGCUGAUUUCAGAGAUCCAGUGACAGGAUCGCUUCCAAUGAACGGUGGCGGCCACGUGGUGCAAGCCUUGCAGAUCACAGCCAUCUCCUCCGCUUACUAUCUUUACACGAGCCUCAUCCCAUGGAGCCCGACUCAAGAUAAGAACUCAAGCACUUGCAUCGCGUGCAACUCCCUGGGUGUUGGCGGCUUGGUUUCCCAGACAUACGGAGCGCCCGCCAUCCAAGGAGUGCAUCCCAAGUUGGCAAGACAGUUUUCGCUAUAUCGCAUCAAUAGGGCAGAGGAGUCACGGAAAAACACCAAGAGGCACAAUCUGAAAGAGGGGAGCAUGCUCUAUGCAUGGACAAGCGGUCGAUAUGGACAAUGCUACAACAUGUCUGCGCCCUGCAUCAUGUACCAGUAUCACCUCAAUGCUGAUAUCGCCUUGAGCAUGACCAUGGGCCGCAACACAAGUGGCGACAGAAAUUGGUAUGAGAAGCACGGGGCUGUGGACGUGAUAGACGGCGUGGCCACCGGCUUAAGCGAUAUUCUCACACGACGAGAGAACACUGGCCUCUGGGGCAUCGACGUGAUGGCCGAUGCCGACGAAUACUACAUGUGGAUUGCAGACGGUUCAUUUACUAGUACUGCAGUCAGCACUCUUCUACAACUCGCCUCGGAGGCUCGUCAUGAACGAGGUAUCCCAACCGAGACCGACUGGCCUGACCAGCUCGAGCACAUGUCGAUACCCACCUCGGACGACGGCGUCGUGCUCGAAUUCCAGGGCAUGACAAACGAUGUCUUCCCCAAGCAAGCAGACGUCAUUCUGUCCCAUUAUCCCUACGACUACAAGCGGAAUUUCUCCCUUGAUAAAUACCGAGCUGCGAUGGACUUUUACGCAGUCCGUACCGACCCACACGGCCCAGCCAUGACUUGGAGCAUGUAUGCUAUCACAGCCAACUCUCUGGCUACCUCCGGAUGCUCUUUCUGGACAUAUCUAGUCAAAUCAUUCCAGCCUUAUAUCCGUGGCCCUUGGUACCAGUACUCGGAACAGCAAGACGACGAGCCUGACGUCCUGGACCCCCUGACCGGGAACCCUAUCAACCCAGCAUUUCCGUUCCUCACGGGCCACGGCGGCCUCCUGCAGAUAUUCACGGCGGGAUUUCUCGGCCUACGCGUCACGCACCGUAAUUUGGUGAUAAACCCGUCGCUCCCUCCGCAGCUCCGCGACUUCAAACCGCCAAUCCAGUAUUACAACGGCGCCGUCGUCAGCUUCCGCAUGAAUCGCACGCAUACGUUUAUUACGAGACGCGAUGCAUCUCAUUUCGACGGUCUGGUGCCAGACCAGUACGGCGAGGAGGAUAUGCCCAUCACCGUCGGCCGAGGCGUGGACGACCCCAACGCGCGGACGGUAUUCUUGCGCAUUAAUGACACCGUGGUGGUACAGAAUAGGUUGUAUGAUGCUGAACUUUCCGUGCCGGGCAACAUCUUGCAAUGCCAUGACGCAACUUCGUCACAUGGCGACCUGGCGUUCGCAGCCACAGAUGGGUACGGAGGCACCUUUUGGCAGUCCGGUACUUGUGAUAUCACGGCCGCUCUGCUGGUGGACCUGGGAACUUCGCAGAUGCCGCGGCUUCUGCAUGCUAUCCAGCUGGACUUUGCCAUGCGACCGCCAAAGUAUGUCAAGGUUUCGGUCUCGAAUAGUUCAAGCUUCGAGCUUAGUACGGUGCUUGCGGACCAAGAUAUCCGUAUUACGAAGCCAUGGAUCCCGGACUCGCCGGUGGCAAAAUAUGUAGGAAACAAAACCACCAUCCAGCUCACUGGCGCUGUAUGGAGUGGUGCAUUUGCGAAACUAGAGAUCACAGGCUGCUGGACCGAUGAUGGUGCUGGGGCAACAGUUGCCGAGUUCGGGCUCCUGGCCGCAAAUCUCCAUGACUUUCUCCGCCAGUAUCCUUAUCGACCUAGCGAUUGUCUUAUUCAUGUCCAGCCCCCGCGGGAAGUCGUGCCCGAACACAUGACCAAUUUGAUCCGCUUGACUGGGUUCAGCAAUGUCAAACAGUUGCUGGCCAUAUUCAGGUGCAUCGCCUAA